UGGAAAUUUCAAACCAAAUGCUGAACAUAGACCAGCAGCAGCUGCUCAUUUUACCAGAGAAGCUGAUGCAACCAAUGGAGGAAAUAUUUCAGUAAAUCAUUUUUCUGAGGAACAGUACAACGAAUUACAUCACAUUACACCAAGUAAGGAGCUCUUGAAUGCUAUUAGAAGUUAGAAGAUCAUCAUAGUAAUGCAGUAUAGGUGCCUACAUGGAAUAAAAGUCAUAUAGAUAGUAUAGGAAGUACUAUGAUCCUUGAGAAUUAUAAGUUGCAAAAGGUGCUACAUGUAUCAACUUUCAAGUUCAACUUACUGUCAGUGUCCAAGCUGACUAAGCAACUCUCCUGCUCAGUCUCCUUUUACCCAGAUUUCUAUUUAUUUCAAGAACUCUUCACUGGCAGAGUGAUAGGGAUUGGUAGGGAGAGGGAUGGUUUGUACAUAUUAAGGGAACAAAAGAUAAAACCUGCAAUAAAUACAACAGUCUCAAAGUGUAGCAGUGAGGCUGUGGCAUUUGAGACUGGGGCAUGCAUCAAUGAAGACAUUAGAGCACAUCAAGACAUUACAAAACAUCACAAGCAAGAGUAUACAAUACAGUUAAAUUUAUCAGAGGGGGAUUUAAGCGGGAGAAUACCACCACAAGUUGGAAAUCUCACUCAUUUAACCCGAUUGGAUUUAAGCAGAAACAAUCUUCAUGGACCAAUCCCUACAUCACUUCUCAACCUCCAAUCGCUUUGUUAUUUAGAUCUUUCUGAGAACUCCUUGAGUGGGAACUUGCCAGCAUUUCAGAUGAAGUCUUUACAAUACAUGGAUUUAAGGGGAAACAAGCUUGAUGGACCAGUCCCUAAAUCAUUUCUCAACCUACAAUCACUUUAUUACUUAGAUCUUUCUGACAACUCCUUGAGUGAGUACUUGCCAGCAUUUCGGAUGAAGUCUUUACGAUACAUAGAUCUAGGCAGUAAUUGUUUUACGGGCCAAAUCCCUCGUGAAUACGGUGCUCUCCAAUCCUUAGAGACUUUAUACAUAUACAACAACUUACUAAAUGGAGGCAUUCCGCAAGAACUAGGGAAACUCUCCAAUCUUGUGGUUUUUGCAAUGAAUGAUAAUCGACUCUCGGGUCACAUCCCAUACCAGCUUGGGUGGCUUACACAGCUGCAGUAUCUGGACCUAAGCACCAAUUACUUUGUUGGUGAAUUGCCUUUAAGCUUCAAGCAGUUGACAAACUUAAUUCAGUUUGUUGCUCAUGGGAAUAGCUUAUCUGGGAAAAUCCCAAAAUUAAUAGCCAAUUGGAAGGAACUCGGCAUGUUGAUUCUGUUAGGAAAUAAUUUUAAAGGCCCCUGGCCAAAGGAAAUCUCAUCAAUGGACAGUCUCCUUAACCUACAAUUGAGCAAUGUAGUCACGAAAGGAAGAGCAUAUGAUUUUCCCGAUCUAUCGCCUAUGACUUCGUUGGAAGUAUUGACAUUGAGGAAUUGUUCACUUCGUGGUCGCAUACCGAGUUAUAUCUGGGAGCUUCAACAUUUAUCGUCUCUGGACUUGAGCUUCAACGAAUUAUUUGGAGAAGUGCCAAAAUCCAUUCGCACAUCUUUAACAUAUAUGCCGUCGACUUCACAGAGACCUGGAUAUACGCCAGAGAUGUUCACACAUUAUGAUCCUUGGAUAUCAUUUCCACAGGCGCCAGUUAGUGAUCUACAUACGGGAGACAGACAUGAGGACUUAGACUUGGAUAUUAUUUUCGAUGACUACUUUCUUCGUCCUACAGCCAGGCCUACAGCACCAUCUGCAUCUCCGGCUCCGCGGGCCGCUCAGGAGCCCUCUCACAUGUCAUCUCAGGAGCCCGUCGACACACAGGUUCAUUCUUCUGCGCCUGUGGACCCGUUUCCUCUUGUUCAGAUUGGCCCGUCUCCACCUCCAGCUAUCGCUCCGGGUAGCGCUCAGGAGACCGUUGAGGAGCCAGCUAAGGACCCCUCUGACCAACCAUCUCAGGAGGCCGUCGACACACAGGUUCAUUCUUCUGAUCCUGUGGUACAGUCUCCUUCGAUUGAGUCAUCUCCUGAGGCAUCUAAUGAGGCUACUUAGGUUUCGACUGCCGCCGUCUCCCACAAGAAGCAUAUUUUCACCCAGGACCUGAAGAAGGGAAGAAAUGAUGAUCAUGGCAUAAAUCAUCCUGUCAUUAAGAGGAGGAGAGAGGAUCCUGACGAUAGUGAGGGUGGUGGGGUUAGGAGGAUCCUUAGGCCUUAGGGGAUUAUGUAUUUAUAAAUAAAAUGUACAUUUUAUGUUAAUAUUAUAUAUAUUUUUGGGUAUUAUUUUUUUAAUGAUAAUUAGUUAUUUUAGUAUUUAUUGUGGAUUAAUAGUAAC